AUGAACACAUCUACACCUAUAUCUGCUGAUGCAAGCGCAACAGCUGCAGACGUCGCCAGCAAAACUUCCAAACUCAACAACAGAGAUACCACAACUAAAGGCAAAUAUUCGCUAAACGACUUCCAGAUCUUGCGGACUUUGGGCACAGGUUCUUUUGGCCGUGUACACUUAGCCCGGUCCGUGCACAAUGGGCGUUUUUAUGCAAUGAAGACUUUGAAGAAGCAGAGAGUAGUACACAUGAAGCAGGUGGAACAUACUAACGACGAGCGUCGGAUGUUAAAGUUGGCACAGCACCCGUUCAUAAUUCGUAUGUGGGGCACGUUUCAGGAUUGCCACAAUUUGUUCAUGAUCAUGGAUUACAUAGAAGGCGGCGAGCUUUUCACGUUGUUACGGAAAUCGCAGCGGUUUCCUAUUCCUGUGGCCAAAUUCUACGCAGCAGAGGUUUUCCUAGCUAUCGAGUAUUUGCACGACCUCGAUAUCAUAUACAGAGACUUGAAGCCAGAAAACAUCUUGUUGGAUAAAAACGGACAUAUCAAGUUGACGGAUUUCGGAUUCGCAAAAGAGGUCACCGACGUCACCUAUACUUUGUGUGGAACCCCUGAUUACAUUGCACCCGAGGUUGUUGCCACUAAGCCUUAUAACAAAUCCGUUGACUGGUGGUCUUUCGGAAUCUUGAUUUUUGAGAUGCUCACGGGAUAUACUCCGUUCUACGACCCCACGCCCAUGAAAACAUACGAGAACAUUUUAAAUGGGACGAUAACAUACCCUGAUUACUUACCACCAGACAUUCUUGACUUGCUUCAAAAGUUGAUUGUAAAGGACUUAACCCAAAGGUUGGGGAAUUUGCAAAAUGGCUCUGAGGAUGUCAAGUCUCACCCAUGGUUCAAGGAAGUUAUUUGGGAGCGCUUGCUAUCGAGAGAUAUCGAAACACCUUAUGAACCGCCAAUUACCUCUGGCGUUGGUGAUACUUCUCAAUUUGACAGAUACCCUGAGGAUAAAGACUUGGACUAUGGAAUCACCGGAGUCGAAGAUCCAUAUGCGGAUACGUUUACAGAGUUUUAG